CCCAGGCCUGUCGGGCUGUGCCACGUUUGCUUGUGCUUGCCUUUAUAAAGAGAAGGUGCAGGAGCUUCCCCUGCUCCCUCCCAGCCUCUGCCCCGGCACAGAUGGAUGGCUUGAAUGUCUCCAUUGCUUUUUUUUUUGCGGUUGUUGGGGCGUGCCAGGUGCUCAGGUGGCUUUCCAAGAGAUUCCUGUCCCCUGGAACGCACGGCUGCCUUGCCAGGGAGUUUGCUGGCUCGCUGCAGUUGAGCAGCAGCUGCCUGGAGCUGAGGAUGCUGAUGGACAUUGGCCCCUGGGGUGGUGGCUUUGGGCUGGACGUGGUGCUGACCCUGCUCUUCCUCCUCUCCGCUGCGCACGGCGCCUCUUCCGAGGGCGCCUCCGCCAACCCCACGGUGUGUGUGCAGGAGUUCCUGCUGCUGCAGUCCAGCCUGGUGGCCACAGGGGCCAAGCUGCUGGCCCAGGCUGUGGGUGCAGGGCUGGGCUGGGCUCUCACCCGCCUCUACUGGUCCUGGGAGCUGACCCAGCUCCACUUCAUCCAGAACCUGAUCGCGCCCGAGUGCAGCUCCUCCAUCCGCGCCCCCCUGCCCCACGCUGCCCUCGUGGAGAGCUCCUGCUCCUUCCUCUUCCACCUUGUGCUCCUCAGGGUGGGGCAGAGCCACCCCCUGUGCCGGGUCCCCGUGCUGGCAGCCACUGUCACCUUCCUGACCUACACAGCCGGACCAUUCACGGGGGCCUUCUUCAACCCUGCCCUGGCCACAGCCACCACCUUCCAGUGCUCGGGGAGCAGCUUCUGGGACUACAUCCAGGUUUACUGGCUGGGGCCCCUCGCAGGGAUGCUCGCUGCCCUCCUGCUGUUCCAGGGCAACAUCCCACGCCUCUUCCAGAAAAACCUCCUCUACAGCCAGAAGAGCAAGUACAAGGUGCCCAAGGCAAAAGUGGCAGCACAGCUGGAGGGUGACAAACCACAGGGGAAGAGGAAAGGGGGGAAGAGCAACUCAGAGCCCCGUGCCUGA